AUGGACCAGGGGGGCGUGAGGAUGAUUGGCUUGCGUGGGCGGCCCAGGACGGCGCCCAGGCUUGGAGACACGCCCACGGACGCCCUCGGUGUGAAUGGUGCCAGACUGCUGGGCAGGAGCACACCCACGCCCGCCACGGUGAUUGUGGUGGGUCGAGACAGUGUGAGGCGUCUGAGGUGUAGGAGCGCAGCGGUACCUAUCAGCAGCAGCAGCAGCAGCGGGACACAGAAGAUGCAGCCUCCUCCUUCAUCUCUACCAGCAGUGCUCCUCUCUCCUGCCCAACUGAAGACCAUCAAAGAAGCUGCUCAGCAGGUGAGCGCGGAGACGCGCCUGAAGAAGAUAGAAGCAGCGCAGGAGGCGACGAGGAAAGCUCUUCAGGAGAAGGAGGAGAGGAGGAGACACCACGAGAUGCUGGAGGCCAGACAUCGUAGACGGAGACAACAGGAGGAGCUGAAGAGUUUGGAGACCUGGCCUCUAGGAGGUCACCGACAGGAGAAGGACACAAAAAUGGAGGCGGAGCGUCGAGAGAGGGAGGAACUAGAGAGGGAGGAGGAGGUGAAGGAGCUGAGGAAGAUGGUUCUAGCGGCCAAGUGUCACGCUAUUAGAGAGGCGCAGAUUUUGGAGAAGCAACACAUCAGACAUUUGGAGAAGGAAGAGGAGGAGAGGCAGGCUGCCAUGAUGGAGGAGACGCGGGUGAGAGGAUUGAAGGAACAAGAGGAGAGAGAAAGAGCCAGGCAAGAGGCCAACAUGCUGGCAGCUCUGGCACUCACCAGACAGAUACAACAAGGAGAGGUCGUCAAACAACAAAUGUUCAGAGAGAAGAAGAAGGAAGCUGACAGCGUCGCUAGAGAAACUCGUAAAUACAUUGACGAGAAGGAAGCGGAGAAGAGGAAGAAGAAGGAGAAAGUAAUGAAGGAGAAGCAAGAGGCGAGAAGAGUGAGGGAAGAAUCGGAGGUGAGGAAAGCGGAGCUGCUGAAGACUGAGAAGCUGAGGGACGUUAAGAUGAUGGCUGAGGUAAAGGUGCAGCAGCAGGAGCAGCAGGCGAGGCAGGACGAGGCAGCGGCCAUCAAGAGAGCCCAGGAUGACUUACAGCUCUUGUGGCUCAAGGAUGAAGAGUGUAAACUGGCUGAGCACCGCCGCAGGGAGGAGCUCAAGUGUCUUCGAGAGCUGGAGAAGCUUGAACGAGAAUGGAGGAAGAAAGAACUCAUGGAGGCACAAGUCAAAGCUGAACAGGAAGCAGUGAUAACCCGGGAGCGGCGACAACAGGUGGAAGAGCGGCAGAAGGCACGGAUGGCAGCGGCGAUGAAGCAGAAGGAGGAACUACUACGAGUGACGGAUCACUGGAUGAUCACUGAGCAGAGGGAAAGAUCAGAACAUCAGAAACUCAAAAAGGCUAAGGAAGAUUAUGAGUCAAGGAUCCGAGCCCAGAUAGAGGAUCAGAAGGCAAGACGAGCUAAGGAGGCAGAAGGACUGCAACAGGAAAAGGAGGAAGCAGCUCUGCAGCUUAAACUGAGGCAAGCAGCCCUAACCAGACUCAAGAUUGACACCAUGCAGGAGCUGAGAAAAAUGGCACUUCCAGAGCAGCUGGUUCAGGAUCUUGAGAAGAAACUCCAUUUAAGAAAGAAAAGAAAAUAAGACGAAAAAAAAUUAUACAACCUUUGUGAUGGUAGUUCAACUCUCAUCAUAAGGCAUCAGAACCUGAUGCCAAGGGAUCAAUUCCUGGUUGAUUAUUAUUAUAAUCAAAAAGAAGCGCUAAGCCACAAGGACUAUACAGCGCUGCAGGGCAGGAAGGAAGCGAGGGCAUCAGGUGGCAUAAGGGAGAUGGAUGAGUAAUAGGUUAUGGAUAACAGCGGGGUAGUGGAUGGUGAAAGGGUAAAGGGCAUCAAGAGACUGAACUAGAAAGGGCUGAGGGGAGUGCGAAAAGUAUCAUCAGAGUUUGUGGAGUAAAUCAGUCGUUGUCAAGAAGUCAAUGAGAGAGUCAGGAUUAAAGGAUGGUCCAUCAGCAAGAAGGGAAGGUAAAGAGAGAGUAGUAGAACGAAGACGACGUUGGAGUAAUUCCUGGUUGAGGAUCACUGUUUUUCUAUCAGUAUUGUUGAUCAUAACAUCAGUAUCAGUUUAACUUCAGACUAUAUUAAAAAUUUCCUAAAGGGAAGAAAAAAUGCAGUACAGUAGUACACAUUAUUAUUCAUGUAUCUGCCUUAUUGAAUCUUGCUUAGUACUGAUAACUCGUCCUGGUUAAUUCAUAUGCAAUAUACGUAUUGAUUAAAAUGCUUUCUUUUUCCUUUCUUCAAAUUUAUUGAUAAAGCAACUUA